AACAGCCUCAUGCUGUUUCUGGUGACUCGUUGUGAUAUCAGAACUGAAACUGAACUGAGUCAGAAAUUUUUCGGUAAGAGGUGGAGCUGAUUGCCAACACCUGUGCGUGUUGAUCAGCGGCGACACGUGCGCGGUCCUGUUGAUCUCGAGCUCUCGGUGGAGAGUCUCUCUAAGUUUUGACCGGUUUCGUUGUUUAUAAUGGAUAAUCAAAUGCUGAUGUCAGCUGCCCUUCGUUAUUUUCGCACGGCUGUCUUACUGCUGCUGGUCGCCUGCAGUUGCCCCCUGGUUGGAUCUUCCAUGCCUGCCUCAGGUGCGCUGCACAACAUGUACGAUUUCACGUACCCUUACGACAGCAUCUUUUCCCCGCUCCUCAAAGCCCUGUCAGAGCACGGGGGGCCGAGGUGGAACCCAGGCCUGAAGAGAAAGAUGAAACCCGAGCACAAGUACUUGAAAUAUCUGACUGAGGUUUACAAGAGAUCCUCGAGAGUGCAGAGGAGUUUGGACGGGAAUAAAAUCUACAACACAGUCCGACUGAUCAAGCCACAAGAUGAAUGUCUUGCACAGAGUAAUAAAGAGAGUUUCAUGCAGGAUCUUUCGUACAGCCUUGAUCAAGUAAGAAGAAGAGAACAGCUUCUGAAGUCGACCCUGCUGUACAGUUUUGACCAUGACCAUGCACCGCCUGUCCUCUCCAUGUGCUACUUGAGUAUCAAGGAGCAGGAGCACUCAAACCAAUGUCCGCUCUGUCCCGGUGUCCACCGCGCUGUGAACUUCACAGCUAACACAGACGGGAGAAGCGGGAGGAGCUGGGUGGAGGUUGACGUCACCUCAUUUCUUCAACCUCUCUUAAAGCUUCAGAAGAAGAACUUACACCUGCUCAUCAACAUCAACUGCUCAGAUGAGCAAAGAGCUAGUGCUGAUGGGAGCAAAGGCGUAUUGAAGUUCACCCUGAGGUCCCCUCCUCUGCUUCUUUAUCUCAAUGACACCAGCAAAAUCUCCCAGCAGAGGUCACUGGUCAAUGGCAAAGCAAGUCAAAAGCCAUUCACUGCAACAAACACGUUUCACAAGCAGAUGGUUCUCAAACCUGAACAGAGGAUUGGUAGAAAGAGGAGAUGGAAGAGAGAUUCAACAAAGAACAAACGGGGUGAUAAAAGUCUGGAUAUCCACCUGCCUGAGCUGCUCCCAAGCUCUGAAUUCCCAACAAGUGACUGUGCCUUGUAUGAUUUCAGGGUGCGAUUCAGCCAGCUCAAACUGGAUCAUUGGAUUGUUUUUCCACCCAAGUACAACCCCAGGUACUGCAGAGGCAUCUGCCCAAGGACCAUGGGCUUCAUCUACGGUUCACCUGUCCACACCAUGGUGCAAAACAUCAUCUAUGAGAAGCUGGACUCCUCGGUGCCCAGGCCCUCAUGCAUUCCCUCCCACUACAGCCCACUGAGUGUCAUGAUUUUUGAAGAGGAUGGCUCCUAUGUCUACAAAGAGUUUGAAGACAUGAUUGCCACCAGGUGCACAUGUCGCUAAGCCAGCUACCAACACAACAUUUUUCCUCCUUAUUACAGGCUGAAUAGAACAUCACCACAAUCCUCUGAAACAGUCAUCACAGGUGAACUGUAUGCAAGUAUCAGAUACUCUGACCAGGCUCAGUCAUUUCAUGAAUUUAUAAAAUCGUUGUGAAUGAAAGAAGUUUGAUCUGGAGCAGGUGUGUUUACUUAAUCGAGUGUGUUUGCUUCAACAAAACGUAUUUUUAUCCUAUUGAAGAAUGUGGAUAAGUGAGAUUUAUUUCCUUUUCUGUUAAGGUGUGAUAAGAAAGGAUGCCAAUGCAUCCCAUUCUCCGACUUACUGUUUGCAAUAUAGUAUUGAAUCUGACACACUUGGAGAAAAUGAGUGUUGUAUGAUUUUUUUUUUAAGUUAAUUUUGUUUUGUUAACUUAUUUUGGGUGGGCGGUCUGUCAUUAGCCUUUAAUUUAACACAACAAAAGUUUUAAGUAGCCCUGUUCUGGACAAAAAUGAAAAAAAGCAGUAACAAACACUUGUCAGACCUUUUACAUAUCAUUUUAUUCCUGGGGAUUACAGAUAGCUGCUAAAUGGCAGCUGUCUUCAUAAUGUCCAGAAUGAAAGUUGUGAAAGUUUCAGUGUGUAUUUAUUUCUUCUGGUCACUGAGUGACUGCAUGCUUAUGAAUUUGUACUGGUUGAAUGUGACUAAAUGCAUGUCAUGUCUAUUUAUGCAAAUGGAAUGAAUUCACUGUGUGUCUGUGCUCAGCUUAGGGAUAUAAGAAUGAAAAUAUGUAGACAUGUUCUCUGAAUAGGAAAAUAAAAAAAAAACAUGCAUAAAUAUUGUCUGCAUACAGCUGACUGAAAAUGCUCGUACAACAUAAAGCAAAGAUUUUCAUUCAUGCGGCAA